CCGGACAGAGAGGAGCACGCAGACCGGUCCAGACGGAUGGGACCUCUGCCCGACCUGCUGCCCCAGAACCAGAACCAGAACCAGAACCAGAACCCUUCUUUGGCCAACAGAGGAGAGGCGGGCCAGGACCUGGAGAUCAGGAGGGUGGCUCAGCAGCUGAGGACCAUCGGAGACGAAUACAACGCCACAGUCCUGCGCCGAGCGGUAAGAGGGGCGGGGCUUAACUCUGCUGUGUGGUGGGUGAUGAUGCGUCCUGAGGGGAGGAGCCAUGAAUCUGAGGACCACCUCCUGGUCUCAGCAGGUCCACGGUGAAGGACCUGCUGAGACCAGCGUCUCUGAAGGUUGAUGAGGAGGUGGGGAUCCUCACCUCCUCUCUCCUGUUUCAGGAGGUCCUGAUUAAAGGACUCUGAUCAGCUGAUCAGCUGAUCAGCUGAUCAGAGUCCUGGAGAGCCGCAGACCUUCACCUGAGAUGAUCUGAGGAUUAGAGCCUCUCUUCUUCUCCUCCUGUCCUUAAAAAAACUGCACAGUCACGGCCGACCAUCAGUGAGAGUGUGUGUGUGUGUGUGUGUGUGUGUGUGUGUGUGUGUGUGUGUGUGUGUGUGUGUGUGUGUGUGUGUGUGUCGUUCCUCUUUUCUCAUGUUGAUAUUUUCCCUCUUCGUCUCGAUCAGAUUUCUCUCUCCUCCUCUGACAUGUUUAUUUUAUUGGUUUUAAACUUUAUUUUUCUUCCGUCAGUUUUUUCUUUGAUAAAGUUUUAACUGUCAGUCCUUCAGUAUUGAUUAGAGUCAUGAUCAAUAACUCCAUCAGAUCAGUAUCUUCUCUUAGACAAACUGAAGAACUAAAGAGUUAAAAAAAUCUGAACCAGUUUUUCAUCAGAGCAGACGGACCAGGACUGAGGUCUCUCUGUUGUCUUUAUUUGGCCCCGCCCUCCUCUGUACACUACAUCGCGUGAGGAGUUGGCAGCAGCUCCCUACCCCCCCCCACCACCACCGUGCACACACACACACACACACACACACACACACACACACACACACACACACACCUCCCCUUUCCUCUCUCUCCCUCCCGCCUUAUGCACACAAACAAAGAUGACGUCACCCACUCUCGGCUCUGACUCAGACAUGGAUUGCGCUCGCACAUGCUUACACACACACACACACACACACACACACACACACACACACACACACACACACACACACACACACACUCUCUGUUUAUGAGGGCGUAUCAGCCUGUUUUCAGACAUGUGUAGCAGGUUUCAGAGGUUACUGCCCUCAUUGAACUGUCUCCUGUCUGUCAGCUUUGUGUGUGUGUGUGUCUGAGUGUGUGUCUGAGUGUGUGUGUCUGUGUGUGUGUAUGUGCAUGUAUGUGGGUGCAUGUACGGGAAACAGACUCAGACUUUAUUGUGGAGGUAAACAGAGGAAAUCAUGUGUGUGUUGUUUACCAGCCGACAGGACAAGAAGUACAGCUGAACCAGAGAGGAGACAGGGAAGGAGAGAAGGAGACAGGGAAGGAGAGAAGGAGACAGGGAAGGAGAGAAGGAGACAGGGAAGGAGAGAAGGAGAUAGGGAAGGAGAGAAGGAGACAGGGAAGGAGAGAAGGAGAUAGGGAAGGAGAGAAAGGGGUAGUGAAGGAGAUAAGGAAGGAGAAAAGGAGAUAAGGAAGGAGAUAAGGAGACAGUGAAGGAGAUAAGGAAGGAGAGAAGGAAAUAAGGAAGGAGAGAAGGAGACAGGGAAGGAGAGAAGGAGAUAGGGAAGGAGAGAAAAGGGUAGUGAAGGAGAUAAGGAAGGAGAAAAGCAGAUAAGGAAGGAGAUAAGGAGACAGUGAAGGAGAUAAGGAAGGAGAGAAGGAGACAGUGAAGGAGAUAAGGAAGGAGAGAAGGAGAUAAGGAGGGAGGGAAGGAGAGAAGGAGAUGAGCAGAGGCUUGAGUUCAGGCAGUUCAUGGUAGCUGUACACACACACACACACACACACACACAUACACACGUGCACACACACACACGUGCGCACUUGUUUAUCCUGUAUGUGGAGCCCUGGCAGACAUGUCAUUUGAGCGUCUCGGUUCUGGUUCUGGUUCUGGUUCAGUUUCUUUUCAUCAGUCCAACUGGAUCUGGUCAGAAAUGAGAUCCUGAGUCUGAAUCUGAGACAAAGUUUAGAUGAUGAUGAUGAUGAUGAUGAUGAUGAUGGUCCAGCAGUGUUCACAUCUUCAUCUUCAUCAUCAGCCGCUCCAGCGGCUCAAACAGCGCUCAGCUCUGACUCUGCAGUCAUGUGAUCUUUCUGGGUCACUCCCUCAGUACAUUUGCAUUUUUUAGCAUCUUGGUUUCUCCUAAAAAGGUCACGCAGAGAAGAAUCAAACACCCUGCUCUUUGAUUGGCUGUCCUCGUGGCCCCGCCCCUCUGCUCUGUGGUUUUGUUAUUCUGAAACUUCAGCUGUUAUAUUUCAGCUUCUUCACCAUCAAAGUUUUGAGGAUAGAAAAUUAAACAUGAGGUCAAAUCCAGGAAUUAUGUGAGGGGACACAUAUGAUUUAUACAUAUUUAUGUUUAUAUGUUAUUUAUAUUCAUAUUAAUAUUAAAUAUUUAUAUGUUUUAUAUUUAUAUUAAUAUUAAUAUUAUAUAUUUAUAUGUUUUAUAUUUAUAUAUAAAUUAAUAUUAUAUAUUUAUAUGUUUUAUAUUCAUAUUAAUAUUAUAUAUUUAUAUAUUUUAUAUUUAUAUUCAUAUUAAUAUUAUAUAUUUAUAUAUUUUAUAUUUAUAUUAUAUUAAUAUUAUAUAUUUAUAUGUUUUAUAUUUAUAUAUAAAUUAAUAUAUAUUCAUAUGUUACAUACGUAUAUUCAUAUUAAAUAUUUAUAUAUUUUAUAUUUAUAUAUAAAUUAAUAUUAUGUAUUUAUAUGUUUUAUAUUUAUAUUCAUAUUAAUAUUAUAUAUUUAUAUGUUUUAUAUUUAUAUAUAAAUUAAUAUAUAUUCAUAUGUUACAUACGUAUAUUCAUAUUAAUAUUAAAUAUUUAUAUAUUUUAUAUUUAUAUAUAAAUUAAUAUUAUAUUAUUAUAUUCAUAUUAAAAUUAAAUAUUUAUAUGUUUUAUAUUUAUAUAUAAAUUAAUAUUAUAUAUUUAUAUAUUAUUAUAUUCAUAUUAAUAUUAUAUAUUUAUAUGUUUUAUAUUUAUAUUCAUAUUAAUAUUAUAUAUUUAUAUGUUUUAUAUUUAUAUUCAUAUUAAUAUUAUAUAUUUAUAUGUUUUAUACGUAUAUAUAAAUCAAUAUUAUAUAUUCAUAUGUUACAUACGUAUAUUCAUAUUUAUAUUAUAUAUUUAUAUGUUUUAUAUUUAUAUAUAAAUUAAUAUGAUCUCCACCUGUCUGUCCCUGUUUUGCAGCACGCUGCCCCCCACUGGCAGGACUGGAGAGACGCCUGCAGGGAACUCCUGAACCUGGUCUCUCAGACUCUCAGUACUCUCUACAGACUCACGUAA